CUUCCCGCCGCAUACACCAUCUGAAUCCAAAUUUGUAAACGAAAAAGCACUCCGCAAAAUCAAAACCCUAGAAACUCAUCUCCUCCUCCCCCUCCUCUCACUCUCAUGGAGCGUCUCCUUCUCGAGAGGUUCCACCUCCACCUCUCCCCCACCUCCUCCUCCUCCUCCUCCUCCCCCCUCCGCCUCACGCGCUCGCUCGCCAUCGCGAGGGCUCUCAUGGCGAAUCGCGACUCCUCCGACACCACCCGCCGCUCCACCGCCGACGCCCUCGUCCGCGCCCUCGCCGACCACGGCAGCGACGCCUCCUUCCUCCGCGGCGCCCUCUACUUCCUCGGCGAGGCCGCAGCUCUCCACCCUUCCCUCGCCCCGGCGGUGCUCUCCGCUGUCCGAUCCUUCCUCGACGGCCCCGAUCGCCUCGCCGCGGACGCUCUCGCCGCUCUCGCUGCCAUAGCCCGAAGCAGCAGUAUGGGGUUCUCUUUCGUCGCAUCUGUUUUGGAUGGGGAUCUCGUGCUUUCGCUUGUGCGGAGCUCGAGUGUUGCUGUGCGAUCGCGGAUACUUGAUCUGUUGGUCUCGAGCAUAUAUAAAUCUCGGGGCAGUGUUAUUUUAGGGCAUAAUUGUUUGUUUCGAGUGUUCCUAGCUCUCACUGUCGACCUCUACCCAUCCUUGAGAAUAGCUGCAAUUAAUGGCUUAAUCGCACUCUGCAAGGAAAUUGGGGCUGAUGCGGACAGUUUGAUUGUUAGAUGUUGCUAUAACCGUGCUGUCGAGCUUCUUAAGGAUGAGGAUGAGCUUGUGAGAUCAGCUGCUGUUAGAUUGGUCAGUUCGUGCAGGGAGUUGUUCAGGGUGGGUGCAAAGGGAACGGAUAGCAGUGAACAAACGGAGCUAAUAUUUGUUCAGCUUUGUUCGAUGGCAAGAGACAUGAGUAAGCAGGUCAGAAUUGAAGCUUUCGAUGCUCUUGGAAAUGUCAAGGAGGUUUCUGAGAGUGCUCUGUUACAAUCAUUGUCUAAGAAAGUUCUAGGGAACAGGAGUGGAAGCAAAAUCGUCAGCAAAUGUGAAAAAGAAACCAAACUUUCUUUUUCACGUGCUGCUGGCACGUUUAUACACGGAAUUGAGGAUGAACACCAUGAGGUAAGGGCAAUCACCUGUAAAUCUUUGGGGAUGCUCGCUAUAUUCUCUGUCCGGUUUGCUGAUGAGGCAUUAAGCUUAUUAAUGGAUAUGUUGAACGAUGAUGCAGAAGUGGUCCGACUGCAGACUUUGGAAACAAUAUUUCUUAUGGCAACAUAUGAUCAUCUAAAAGUGCAGGAGAAGCAUAUGCACAUGUUCCUUGGUUUAUUGGCUGAUAUCAGUGCCUUAGUCAGAACUGCUGCGCGGAAAUCCCUUCGGCUAAUGAAAUUGCCCAAUCUUGAGAUAUUCAAAUUAGUCAUUGAUGGUCUUAUUACGAACUUGGAGACAAACCCGGAGGAAGAAGAAGAUAUAUUCUAUGUUUUAUUUUUUGUUGGUAAGAACCACAGAAAGUUCUCGGCGAAGUUAGCUAAAGAUUUGGCAAAAGAGUUGCAGAUAAAACCAAGUUCUGGGGAGAUGACUUUGGACAACCCUAGAAUUUCAGCAAUGCUGGUGGUAUCAAUCUCCUCUUCUUUCCCUGACAAGAAGUAUACAUGCGAUAUUCCGGCAGUAAUAUUUUCUUAUGCAGCCACAUUACUAGGCAGGAUAUCCUGUGCUUUGCAAGAUGUUAUACAUCGAGAUGCACUUUUGGCCUAUUUAUGUCGUUACAGUGGGAUGCCUUUUUUGGACAAAACAUCAGAUUCUAAAGAGGCUGGCGAAAUAUGCAGCCCCCCUAAUCAAAAUGAAGCAUCAGAUUGUUGUAAGGUUACUGUGUCAGACUCGCACGAGCCUCAACAUUCUAAAGAGAAAGAAGAGCACUUAAGUGAAGAGCUAAUGCAAUCUGUAGAGGUGAUUCUUAAAACAGUUGGACAAACUUGGCCUUUGGUGAAGGCAUGUAGAGCGUAUGAGGUGCAAAGAAUAUUCAGAACUUGCAAGGAGGAGUUGGAAAUGCUAGCUCAGAGUGCUUCUGGACCUGCUAGUGCUUUUUUGGAUUUUGCUUUGCAAUAUGUUCAGGUGAUCCAGUUAGUUGCUGAAUUCUGGGAGCAAAUACAGGCCAAAAGUUCUCACUCUUUUGGAAUGGUGGCACUUGAAAUAUUGGUGGAAAAAAUAGAUAUGUCGCUUAAAAGAUUGACGUAUUGUUUUCGCGGGCUGCACAGUGAAAUCGAGUUCCAUAUUUUAGAGCUCUCCUUGUUUGCUACCAUACUUAGAUUGUCAAAGUUUGGAAUUUUCUCUGACUCCGUGUUGAAGAAGCUGCAGAAAAUAAUUUCUCGGUUGGAAUUUCUCAGCUCAGAAGGGUCCAUUAUGCUUUCUGAUUUCUCUAAAGAAGUAAGCAAAGCAGUUAGUGAAAGGAGGAUGAAUAGUGCUUCUCAGCAGAUUAAUCAUUGCAAUUUACUUGACCUCUUUGAUCUUCGGCAGAUUACAUUUUAUGGUGGCUUUAAAAGCAUAAAAGGAGAAUUACGAGCUCUCGAUAACAACUCUGAGAAUCCCCUCUUAUAUAUUUCAGGAUUGCCUGUGGGUAUUAGGUAUCACAUCACUCUUUGCAACGUGUCAAAUAAUGACAGAUUGUGGCUCCGCAUGGUUGUUGGUGAAUCAAUUGAAUAUGUUUUCCUGGAUUUAGGUCAGUUUGGAGGCAAUGAUGAUGAGAGGAGCUGCACUAUUGUUCUUCCGUUCUAUGCAACUCCUAAUGCAUCUUCAUUUGUCUUGAGGGCUUGUCUAUGUAUUGAAUGCCCAUCAGAAAAUAUGAUUUAUUGGAAGGAAAACCAAGGAGGGCCAAAAGGUGAGAUAGCUUUACUUUUUGAGGAAUGUGAUGUUUACUUUGCUAAUAUUGGCAAGAGAUAAUACACAAUUGAUUUUGUGAUCAUACUUUUCAUGAAUGGUGCCAAUUCAUUCCCAUCCAACUUAGAUGCCACUGAAUGUUUCAAGAUAUGAGGGAUUCUAAAUUCUAAUAUUGGUUAUGGAGUAGCCAGCACUGGCUCACAGCUAUGAUGGUGUGACCUGAUGUCCUGGGCGACGAAGUAAUGCAUUUAUAUGCUGGAUAUAUUCAGCAACGAGAAAAUAAUAUACACGAGCUUUGAGGCAAAAAGCAACUCAUUAGUAAAUUGGAUCGAAACCAGUUGUUGGAAUGUGAAAGAGGGUUCUUGUCAUCGGAGGAGGAGACCGUAAAAUGCGGUUGAAGUAAUGAUCCUCUGGCAUCUCUGUGCACUUGUGCUGUUGUGCAGUCUUUACAGUGCAUUCGGCUCCCAUAUAUAUUGGAAAACCAAUUAUUUUGUGUGUCGGUCGUAUUGGUGGGGACGUAGACUUAUUUGCAAUCUAUAUAUGGUAUCUAAAUAUUUAUUCAGAUAAGCCGAACCAAAAGCAGAUAAAUUGGAGAGGAACAUUGUGCCCCAAAGUAAACUGGUAGAAAUUGCAUAUACUGUGCCAGGCACUGAAAAAUAUGAUCUGGCAAAGAGUGCAUAAUUGUAAAUGCAGAAUCAGUUGUACCAUGUAGGUCUUCACUUUCUAUUGUUAAGUAAUCUUCAUUGCUUGUAGUAUAGACUACGGCUGUAAUAUCAUUAGCCCCUUUCCAUGUCGCAGGCCUGGGCGUGCUUGCAUCCUUUCCAGGAAACUGCCUUCAUUAUAAAAUUCAGAUGACUGAUUAAGGUGUGUGGACGCAACUACCUUUUUCUUCUUC